AUGGCGAUAAAGAUGAAGGGGAUCUUCAAAGGACUGAAGAUAAUCUCUCAAAUGUUCUUGCAUAAGGAGCAUGAGAUGGAAAUUGGGUACCCUACAGAUGUAAAGCAUGUGGCUCACAUAGGUUUGGGAACCAGCGACACAUCUCCAAGCUGGAUGAACGAGUUCAUGUCAACAGAAGAUUUAUCAGCAGGCUCUCUGAGCACAGCUGAUCAGUCAAGGCAGACUUCUUGGGCCUCUGCUGACUUUGAACAGCCAAGAAGCAUGCUGCCCAUUGAGAUUUUCACAGACAACAGGUCUGGCCAAGAGCCUCCCUCCGGCCCUGAUGUCCUAAGGGGCCCGAGGAAGGCGAAGAUGAAGAAGAACAAAGCAUCCCCUAUUUCGUCUGCAAGAUCAUCGUCUUCAAGGUCAAGAGCCUCAUUCGCAACCACAUACGACGCAUUCAGCGAGCCGCAAAGAGGGUUCAGGGUCGCCUGAAGGGCAGACAGAAAUCAUGCGUGAAUGUGAUCACCAUGCCUGUACAUGUUUCGGUUUAGGAAGACAGCUUGGUUUGGAAUUGUUUAAUUCUUUAUUUUCUUCCUUUU